CCCGGAUUGAACUAACGUUUUUGGAGCGCGCUAGUGUAUUUAGGAGCAAGAAAGAAGAUGAUAAACACAGUAUGACCUGAAUCAAUCAAUCAACCAUUGGACACGUUCAAACAGGUCUUGGAACUUCCCGGCGGAUAUGUCCAAAACAGACACCAAUUCCCAUCAAAAUUAAUGUAAAUCCUUUACGGAAAAAUAUUCAUCCGCAAUGUAUCAAUCCACCGCACAAUUUCACUGGGCAGACUAUUUGGUGUUCGCGUGUUCUCUCGCGAUUUCGGCGGGAAUCGGUGUUUUCUGUGCUUACAGGUCUCGCAGGCAUGUCUUCAAAGAUCCCGAGCAUUACAUGACCGGUGAUAAGAAGCUGCAAGUGAUUCCGGUUGCCCUGUCACUGACUGCAACUUUCUUGAGCGCCAUUUUCGUUAUUGGAGUUCCUGCUGAGGUGUAUUUCAAUGGUGCGAACUACUGGAUUGGAGGAAUUGCGUACCUACCAACCGUGCUGGUGUGCAGCAUAUUCAUCCUGCCCAUGUUCAGAAAGCUGAGACUAACUUGUGCUUAUGAGUAUCUGGAAAUGCGAUUCAACAAAGCAGUGCGCCUUAUGGGUUCUACUCUAUUCAUUGUGCAGAUGGCUAUUUAUUUGGGUAUUGUUGUAUAUGCGCCAGCAUUAGCACUUAGUCAAGUUACCGGUUUGGCCAUCGAGUUCUCCAUUUUAACAGUUGGUUUGGUGUCUACGUUCUACACAACAAUAGGCGGCAUCAAAGCUGUGAUUUGGACGGACGCCUUCCAGAUGGGGAUCAUCACAGCGGGGAUGUUAACGCUCAUCAUACAAGGAGCGAUCACUGUGGGAGGCUGGGAUGUAGUCAUGGAGCGAACUAAUAAAGGGGGCAGACUGCCUGAUUUUGACUGGAAUCCGGAUCCCACUAUUCGCCAUUCGUUCUGGUCCUUGUUCGUGGGCGGAUUCUUGACCCUCCUUACGAUCUACGGGUCCAACCAGGCCAUGCUACAGCGCUACGUGAGCACGCGCACUCACACGGGAUCCCAGGUUGCUUUAUGGACGAGUGUGGUGUUGACAGUAAUCUACUUGUGUAUGUCGUGCCUUACGGGCCUCGUGCUGUUCGCCUACUACCACAACUGUGACCCGUUGUUUUCGAGGAGAAUCUCCAAGCCAGAUCAAAUUGUUCCAUUAUUUAUGAUGGAUAUGCUGAGUUUUGCUCCAGGACUUCCCGGACUUUUUGUGUCGUGCAUAUUCAGCGCCGCCCUUAGUACGGUGUCAUCUGGAAUUAACUCUUUGGCUGCUGUGACACUGAUUGACUUCAUAACACCAGCUCUGGACCAUUGCAUGUCCACCAGAGUGACGAAAAGUCUGCUGUCCAAAAUAUCGCUGCUGUUAGCUUUGCUGUACGGUGGUUUGACGAUUGGUUUGGCCUUUCUGGCUGAGGUGGCCGGUAAACAGGUCACACAGAUAGCGAUCAGCAUCUUUGGGAUGAUGGGAGGCCCUCUACUAGCUCUGAUCCUUGUCGGAAUGUUCCUGCCGUUCGUGAACUCGUGGGGGGCCGGGAUUGGUCUGGUGUGCAGUGCAGUCGCCUCCCUGUGGGUAGGGAUAGGUGCGGCGCUCAACCCGCCGCCACGCCACCAGCUUUCUCUCAGCAUAGCUGGUUGUGUCAGCAACGCCACAAGCUCGAAUAUUACAACGACGACGAUGACGACUUUUAGUACGACGACAAAGUUAUUAUCAACACCAUUGCCGUUACCACCACCAGAAAGGUCAGUGCUGUCGAACUGGUAUGAACUGUCUUAUCUUCACUAUGUUACCGUGGCUGUCAUCGUCUUCCUCGUCGUUAGCGUGGUGGUGUCGGCUGCAACAUGUUUUAAUCGUGGCAGGAUUGUGGAAAGACGUCUCUACUACAGUGUAUUUGGCUGUUGUAGUGAGGAAUGUGAAACCUAUGACGUAAACAGGAACGUCCAGAGUGAUAACAUAUCCAUGACAACAACAGAAAAAUUUGCAUAUGUAAACAAAGGCUUGAACUAGAACCGCACCUGAGUCACUGAACAUUUAGACACACUGUUUCUGUUCUAUAAUAUUUCAUUGAUUGAAACAUAUAUUAUUGCUUUUGAUAAACCAAUGGUUCAGGCACAUAUUUUCCAACUUACUAGGCCUUCUCUACAAUACAUUGAUAUCAUGACAGAAAUAUAUGUCUGCAACAGGGAAACCCCCAUAAUCCUCCCCUGAGGGCUGCAUUGAUCAAGGCAGCGCAAAGGCUGGUUGGUUUAUGUACUUCACGUUGAAUCAAAUGACCACCACAAUCAAACUGUCCGCAAACGUUGUAAUUGUUUGCUGUUGCAGAACGCGACUCCAGAUCUUAGUGAUCAGCUAUACUAAUAAGAAUCUCAAUAAAGUCAGUGUUUGUUAGACUGGUUAAUGUGCUUCGUGUUAAACCUAAUGACUACACUGGAAACUAAAUUGGUCGCGAACGUUAGCGUCGCGUCUCUGUCGCUGAAUUAGAGCACAUCACCAUUUUUACAUUAUUGCCGUUUCUUCAUAUUUUUACGUUUCUGGGGUGGGCCGUAGGCCAGUGCUAAAGCGCUUGCUUGAUGCGCGGUCGGUCUAGGAUCGAUGCCCGUCGGUGGGCCCAUUGGGCUAUUUCUUGUUCCAGCACGACAGGUAUACUAAAAGUCGUGGCAUGGUAUA